AUGUCUCCACGAUUACCUGAUGUCUCUGAAGACUCGGUAUUUUCAGUGACCUUGUCUGAAGCGGCGGCACGAGCUGAUAGAUUUAUAUCACGGUUGGAUGAAGAUCCGGUGACAAGACUGGGAAGACAACUCUCACACAAGUCUGUGAUCUCAACCGCCUCAUCGUUCGCCCGGGAACAAGAGGAGGCCGCAUACCGGAGUGAAAUUCGGACAUUUUUGUUUCUUGAUCAUGGGUUUUGUGGAGAUAUCUUCGCGUAUACAGGCAGGAAUCAGGUGUUGAAGCGGGCGAUCAAUCAUGAUGACAAUCUAUGGAACGAUUAUCUGAUGGGUUCCGACGUCCACGCAAAGUUUUCGGUAGCAGAGAAUCUCUUUGCUCCACAUGAGCCACCAUGCAUCCCCAAACCCGAAGCCUGCAUAUCUCCUGAGAACGAAAGAUGGUGGGCUCAAAAUGGCCUAAAAUUCCCGGACGAUCGUCAAACAGAACAAAGAAUGCCAAUUAUGAUUCUGGAAAGGAUCCUCCCCCUUUCAAAGCCAAUCCGAGACAAUCUCAUCGAGGUAUUUCAUGGACCGAGAGGGAAAGAUGAAGCCAAAGCAGCACCUGGAAAUCGGAAUUGUGUUGCGCGGCUUUACUUGGGCAAGCGUAGACAAUCCGAGCGGCCUCCUUCAUGGUUUCGGCUGAAGAACUUUUCAUUACACCUCAAUCAAGCGGAAAUGAUUGGUCUCGACAUCAAGACAUACGCAACCGAGAUGGCGAUAGCACUCGCACUUUGUCAUUGGAGAGUGCAUGUUGAUGCCAAUGAUGUAGAGUUUGUACUCGGAAGCUGUCCUACCACACAAAACUUCGCUCCUCUAACGAACGAGCAAAUCAAGGCCCUCGCCCCUUACACAGACACUGAUCCAGAUACACGAUAUGACAAUUACCGGAAACGAUCAACGCAUCUAUGGACGAUAGAUUACGACAAAUGCAGGACAAUGACCCUGAAUGAAAGCGGAGUCAGUCAGGCAAUUCACGCAGCUGAGGAAAAUGACCCAUAUUUCCCAAAGCCACAUGCAGAGCUUGAAAGCGACCAGAAGCUCUGGGAACAUUUUAAGUCGAACUACCUAUCAGCCAGCUCCAGAGUCAUGAUAGCCGAUGCGGUCAACGAAGAAGCAAGAGCACUGCCGAUUAAGUUCAUAGAGGGUUGGGAGGUCUAUCGGAAAGGGAAAAUUGAGCGCCGAUCGGUAGAUGAUGAUUUUUAG